GGCGGCGGCGGCGGCGGCGUCGUCCGUUGAGUUCGUGUCGCUCGGGCGGCGCGUAUCCGUGUGUCAGUGUGCGUGAACAGUGCGUGGUGUAUACAGCAGCAGCAUCAUCGGUGCCGUCGACGACGAGGAAGAUCGCUAGGGAUCGCCAUCACUCCGGUUUCCACAGACGUUUCCUUCCCAUCCGCGUGGACUCCUCGCGGCGGCGGCGACGGUGGUGGGGAAUUUUUCACAUUUGGAGUUCGGAGUACUACGCGCGCCGCUCCCCCGUGUGUUUACGAUCGUUGCGUCCUCUCUAUCGCUGUCUCGCUCUCCUCUCACCUGCGCUCCUCGCUCGCCUGGCGCGCGGACAGGUGUCGCGUGGAAGCCGAACGUAGGAGAGAGCCGACGCCUGGUUCCGAUCUCUGUGAUAUUAAACGUCGGGUGGCCCUUCGCCGGUGGUCACGACGGCUCUUCCUCGAAAUCCUGCCGAGAUAAAACGAGCCCUCCACUGCCCGUGUCGUCGUCGUCGUCUUUCAUCGUCGACGACUGCCAAAGAGGACGCGAUUCUCCUCCAGUCAUCAACGUCGUCAGUCACUCUCACGGUUCUCCGUACGAGUUAUUUUCCAUGGUAUACGUGCCAAUCGUGUGUGGAAUUCCUUUGUAAAUAGCCAACGAUUCUCCAUGAAGCCAGUUUCGAUUUAAAUGACUUUUCGUACGUCCGUCUACUCUGAAUCCUGUGCCAUAAUCUCGAUAAGAAUAAAGUCGCCUUUCGCAUCAAGAAAAGAAAUCUCUCUGUCUGGAAGAAGACGGUGCAAGAUAAUUGACUCGACGUCUGUAAUCAAGGCUGGCGAUAACGAGUGCGUCAUUCGUUCGAUAUAUAAUAAUAACAACAACCACGCGGUUAAACGAAGCUCGAGAGAUCACGCUCCAACUCAACGUACAAGUUUACAAGUGGAGGCUGAAACAUCUCUCGGAAUAAAUAUUGUCUCUUUGUCGCUCCGCGAUGUUCAGAUGAACGCACGCCCGGGAAUAAUCGAUAAUUCUCGAUAGUUGAUCGAGAACGACGAUUGGGUGAUCCCGAGGUAUCUCGAGGAUCAUUAUCGUCGUCACGGGAUCGCGUGAGGAGAAGAGCUUGAGCACGUGGGAGCCGCGCGAAUCUCAUCGUCGGAGCCGUGGAGCCGCGAACGAGAAGUGGUGAACGACGACGACGCGAGCCGCCGAUCCCACGAGCAGGUGCACACCGGGAUGCGCGCCGCGUUGACAGGGACCACCCGGUAGCUCCGUUGCCGGCAUUCGUAGCGAUCCUCAGUCCGUGGCGCCGAAAGAGACGGGGUCGCUGCAAGGAUCGGGCCCCGAACGCGAUGUCCAUACGCGUGAGUGGCGUCUACCUGGUGCCUACCAGCCCGGGCAAUGACAACGGCGGCAAUGACAAGACCGGCGUGGACGGCAGUUUGCAUCAUCAACAGCAGCACCAUCAUCAUCACCACCAUCAUUCGACGACGAAAACGGUGACGAUCGUGACGGCGCCGCAGCGCAGUAAUAGUUUGGAUUACCUCAACUUCGAGGAGAAGAGACAGAUCAUCGCGUCGUCUUUGUCUCUGAGUGACUUUUUGGCGCAUGGACCGGCGGCAGCUGCGGCUGCUGCCAAGGAGGUGGCGGCGAACACGGUGAUCGCGAAAAAGCAAAAUGGUGCUGCUCUACGAACAAACAGUUUGGGUUCGGGUGCAAGAACGCCGCCCUUGGAAAGAAAAAGUAAAUUUUCUGCCCUCGGUAGACUCUUCAAACCUUGGAAAUGGAAGCGGAAAAAGAAAUCGGAUAAAUUUGAGGCCGCUUCUCUGUCGCUCGAGAGAAAAAUCUCAGUACGUGCCAGCAGAGAUGAAUUGGUGCAGAAAGGGAUAUUGCUGCCCGUGAUACGGUCAACAUCGUUUCCGGAAAACGAAACGAUAAGCGAGUCGGCGACGGACGCACAAAAACCACCGUCACCGCAGCAAGCGCCUCAGCAACAGCAGCAACAACCGUCGCAGCAACAACCUCCUGGCGGUACCGUGAUUGGUGGUACUGGGGGUGGUGACGGCACCCCCGCGGCAACACCCACGUCCGCUGGUAACGUGCAGCAAUCCCAGCAAGCGAUACCCUCGGCCACACCGACCCCGACGACUGCCAACCCCCAUUCUACUGCAGGAGUCCCUAGCAGCAAUCAACCAUCGCCCCAUCCCUCGCCUCUCUACCCCGUAUUACCGCAGCAGGCCGGCCAGCCCAAUGGCAGCACGCAAGAGCCGAAGAAGGAAAAGACUGAACAGAAUGCAAAUGGCGCGAUAUCGCCGAGCGCGGGGGGGGCGGGGGGGGGGGAGCCGAAAGCCGCCAAUUUGGGCUCGGCUACGACCGGGUUGGCGAUGCCGGUCCCGGGCCCGGCUCCGGAUGCCGGGGACCAGCAAAAGCCAAACAGGCCGAACACCCUCGACGCCAGGGUGGUAGCCAGGAGGCUGAUCUUGUUCGACAUGGACAAGGGGGUGCUGGAUCAGAGCGCCGACAAUCAGCAGGUAAUCGAGAGGUGUUACCCGUUACCACCUCAGAAUACCCUGAUGCUGUCGGAGCUCCCAGAGCCGCCGAUACCGUUGAGCGAAAUUGGCCCUAUACCACCCCCGCCCAUGUUCAGCUCCCCGAGUCCUACUUUGCUAGCGAGACAACGGCAAAUACCGCUCUCGGACUGCGAGGACGAGGAUGAGGAGGAUGGCGAUGUGGAAGAAGAGGACGACAAUAUGUACCUCUUCAGGAUGUCGCAGCCUGAUCCGGCGAUUGAUACGUCUCGUGUCGAGGAGAUACCGGCGAAGGAGCCGAAAUUCCAUGCCGUGCCGCUGAAGAGUGUCCUGAAGAAACGAGGCUCCGGAAGCGGGCCUGGUACGCCUCAAAACACUCCGACGCAGGAAAACAGGCCGCUGACGCUUCGCCAGGAGCUCCAUGCCUCGUUCAAAAGGCCACCGUUGAGGCCUAGGAUGAGAAUAUGCAGUCGCCCGGUCAGAUUUGGCCUCGCUCUACCCUGUACUUUAGAGAACAAGGAGAACGCGAGACCUUACGUCAUCCGAGAAGAUGCGGACGGCGACUCCGGCGACGGACAAGUCCUCUACAGGGAUGAUUAUGACGAUGAGAAAAGCCGUUUGGCAGCCAAGAUCGCGCGCAAGGAAUCACUUUCGCUGAAACUCGCCCUUAGGCCAGACAGACAGGAGCUCAUCAACAGGAACAUCCUUCAGCUGCAGACAGAUAAUGAGAGGCAGGAGACGAAAGAGGCCAUCGGCGCCAAGCUUAUCAGGCGGUUGAGCAUGCGGCCGACCCAGGAGGAACUUGAAGAGAGGAACAUUUUGAAAAAGCAAAGCCCCGCCGAGGAAAAGAAGCAAAAGGAGGAGAAAAAACGUUAUCUGCUGCGAAAGCUGAGUUUCCGACCGACCGUUGAAGAGCUCAAGGAGAAAAAGAUUAUUAGGUUCAACGACUAUAUUGAGGUAACGCAGGCUCACGAUUACGACAGAAGAGCCGACAAGCCUUGGACGCGGUUAACUCCGAAGGACAAGGCUGCUAUUAGGAAGGAGUUAAACGAGUUCAAGAGUUCGGAGAUGGCCGUUCACGAGGACAGCCGACACCUCACCAGGUUCCAUAGGCCAUGACAAUUGCAAUGUGUUGAGGUGCUACAGUGUGGUGCGGGUAUACGUGAAGGUGCAGUGUGGUGGCUUCGUGUUGAGGCUGGGUGAAGAAGAAAGAAAGAGAAAAUCGGCUAUCGUUAUUUCCGGAUCUAAAGCCGGAACGAUACUCGUCCGAUCGUGACGGUGAUUUCUUUGACGUUGCUGCGUCGUGUCGUUCGUCGUUGUCGCCAAGCAUCAUCUACUGGCACUUCUUCCAUCAUCGUCAUUUAUACACGUCAACGACAAACGCCACUAUGACGUCGACGAAGAUUGUGAUAGGGUGACUCGCCGCCCCAUCGAAGAGGACUUGGCGGGUCGCUCGCCGAUUUCUUUUCAUAAGGGUCGUUCACACCCGUGCUUAGCCGAGCAAUUGUUUACGCUCUUUCCGACAUCUACUCAACUAUUCUUCAUAUUUGUAUCUUCGACGCUGAUCUCGUUAUAGUACACGCGUCAAGGCGUUUGUAUUCUCAAGAUAUCUUGAAAUAUUCUUAAAACUUUGCGCGAAAAAUUCUCAAGUAGGUACGCUACGCGCAAGUAUCUUCUUCUGCAUUAAACGACAUCAUUGAAGCUUACAAAACUACCUUCGGGUUCAGCUCUUGAAAGCUUUGCCGUUGUGAAAAUCAAAACGUUGUAUAGUAAAUAAGACUUUUUUAUCGAGACGCUCAUGUGUGUCCGGCAUGUUUAAGCUGAACAAGAUCGAAAGUCAUUUUUAAUUAUAUAUCCUGUCUAAUUCAUAACUUUCUUGUUAUGAAUUUUUUAAAUUAUUUUUCUUCGUUGUACAAUAUAUUUAAGAAUCGAGGGACACACGUCUAUUACGAAUGGUAUUUUAGCGAUAAAGAGAUUACGGUGGAAGCGCGUGUCACAUGCAUACCGAUGCAUGAGAAUGUACAGAUUCGCGUGAAAAUUAAUCGUGCUUAAAAUUAAGCGUGAGCGUAAUUCUAAGGACAUUACGAGCGCGCGUGUGAACAUACCCUUAACAUGUAAACACCAUUUUGCAAUCAAGCUAGCUCAUCAGUGUCACCUGGCAUCGUUGUAUAUGUAAAUGUUUCUCAAGUUUCGAACUAUUGUAAUACAGAGAUAUGUAAUAUAUCUCGUUGAUAUCACGAAAAAAAAAAAGAAUACUCGAACCCUGUAACGAUUAUUCGAGGAUCAAACAGGAGGUACAUCACAAGCGAUAUAUCUCGUAAAUAACGUCGAGUAAAGUGAGUUCGGUUUAGUUAAAAAAAAUGUUUUAGUAUUAAUAUUUUUAUACGUUGACGAAUGAACAGCAGAGAGUUUCCGCAAAAUCAUUUUUCGAUAUACCCCUCAUUUUUAAUGACUAAGAUUCGGCUGACGUCCGAAAUUGUGAUUUAUGAUAAUUCCAUGUUCUUACGAUUUUCGCGCGAUCCGCGUAGAGAGUAUAUUCAUUGCUUGGGACUUCACUAAUACUAUUACGUGCAUAGUUCGUUAAGCUCUUCGUAUACACCGCGCGAGGAAUGAAAACAGUGAUUUAGUAUCUACGACAAUCGGUCAACUGUUCGAUCGACAAAACUGUUUUCCUUUACUGCCAGGUAUCACUCUCUCGUAGAGCUGCCUUGAGGAGCAAGCGCUUACGAUUAUUAUCUAAAAAAAAAAAUUAAUAUAAUUGGACGUACACUUCGCGUUCGUGGGAAAUCAGAAAUGCAUUGUGCAAUUAAACUUUGUACAGGAGUAGGUAGCGUGUACAUUAGUGACUAUUAUUAUCAUCAUUGUUAUAUCGAUAAUAUCGCUAUAGGGACGCUCUAUGGUCCUCGUUAAUUUCGAUCGCGUGCGCACUUUUUGCGGCAAUAUUAACAAAUUCAUUAAGAGCAGAUGCGAAGAUCGGUUGUUGUUCCGUAUUCGUUAAGUGCGAAUAAAUUCACAAUGAAAUCUCAUUAAAAAAAAGAAUACAAUUAAACGCAUUUACAAUAAAUACGUAUGUUUACUGCGUAUUUUGAAAGAUACAUUUAUACAAUGGCCAGAUAAUAAAAGAAAUACAUCGUUAAAACCCAGGAUUCACGGCCAUUUAUUAUCAAAUUAAUUUAUGCUCGCAUUAACCGCAUCGGAGCAUCAACAAUAAUUACUCUGCUCAUGUAAAAGCAAUCUGAUGGGUCAACAGUGGAUUGUAGUUCUAAGUUAUAGUCCUGUCUAAUAAUACUGAUGGAAAAAAAAACAUUGAAUUAGGCAGAAUUAGACGCUAACUGACGCUCGGUAACGAUCGGGCUUUUAGUAUCAAGAAACGUUCAAGUUCGUUCUCAACAGAGAAUAGAAAGAAGGAAAAAAAAAAGUAGACGCGUUACAAAUCGCCAUGUUGCGCGCAAAUUUGUAUCUAGAUUCUUUAGCUGAUCGAAAGAACGAAGUCCAACGACGAAGGAGGAAAAAAAGAGUAGGUAAAAAACGAGAAGACACGUGCCUCGAUGUGCGAUGUCUUGCACGCUUAUCUCUGGAAGCUUCUUGCAUCCCCGCCCCGCUUUAUCCUACCUACCCCAGUUAUGCGAAACCGACCCUCCUGCUUCACAUCGCAGUUGACGCGAUGAAGGUUCGUCACAUCUCCUUGUUUUGGAGAACCUGCGAGCGAAGCCAAAAGAAAAAAAAAAGAAAGAGAUAUCGCGAGCUAUGAUCUUACGCGACAGAUGAAUCUACGGCAGCGGUGAGUAAAACGAAGUCGCGGUCAACACAACAACUACUUUCCUCUCCUCGUUUAGAAAUCCUAGUUUUUAACGAUCGUCCAAUGGGGUGAGAGGAUCGGUGUGUAAUGUGUCGAUCUUUCUCUUAACCCGUCGGUGAACUCAGCUGUUCGAUAUUAAUUCGUCAACUUCGAGGUCGUCGAAGGUAUAAAGGAUGAGACGCCUCUACCUUCGGGAAAUACCACGAAGAAACACGUCAUAAGGAACGUCAUAAAAUAAUAAGCAGGGAGAUUAAAGUGUCUCUCUCGUUCCAUUGGUCGAGCGCUGUGGCUACCAUGUAGUCGACAAAUAUAUCCAUUUCCGGAUUGCCUGGGUCGGUAUGAAUGCAUGCCCGCGCGAGUAUGAAUAAUGUGCAUGGAGAGAAAGAUAGGAGUGAGUGAGAGAGAAAGUGUGUGUACGACAGAUUACGAUUACGAAUAAAUAUUUUAGGAAGA